AUGUCAGUGAAUGGCCAGAGUGUCCUUGAUGGAUCUAAGCUUUUGGACAAAUGCCCAUUGGCUAACAUAGAGGAAGUGGAACUUCUGAUCAACUCCGCAGCCCAAAGAGUUAUAAUGUCUCACUUACACAAUAUGGAUUCUAGGUUCACUCAAUACAGGAUAGAUAUGAAUGAUUUGAAGAAAAUGCUGCAAGACAAUCAAGGCAAAAACAAUAUGGAAAUCAAAUUGCUGAAAGGAAAAAUUCAAGAGCAGCAAGAUUUAAUAAAGAAUUUGCACAAAAAUGUGGAGGCAGAGGCUGUGAAACAGGGUGCACGACUCGUAAAUGGAAGUUCUUUUAGAGAAGGCAGAGUUGAAGUCUACAAAGAUGGCGUAUGGGGGACAGUUUGUGAUGACAACUGGGACUACAAAGAUGCCAAUGUGAUCUGUAGACAACUAUUUGGAUUAGUUGGAAGCCCAUAUAGCAAUGCACAUUUUGGACAUGGAGUUGGUAUUAUUCAAAUGGAUGAUGUCGGUUGCUAUGGUUAUGAAAGUUCCUUAAUGCAUUGUACGCAUACAGAUCAUCUAAGUCAUAACUGUGGUCACUCGGAGGAUGCAGGUGUUGUAUGUAUAAAAGCCCCACCUAUACGACUUUCAAGACAACUAGAAUUUCAAGGACGAGUAGAAGUUUACAAGAACAAUGAAUGGGGAACGGUUUGUGAUGAUGAUUGGGACCAUGUCAAUGCUGGUGUUAUUUGUAGAAGUCUAGGUUAUAGUGAGCAUGGACUGGCCGUGUCAAAUGCAGUUUUUGGAGAAGGAUCUGGGUCUAUACUUUUUGAUGAUGUACAGUGUAAUGGACGUGAAACCGGUCUGUCUGAGUGUACAUUUUCUUCCACUAAUAAUUGUAAUCAUAGAGAGGAUGCUGGUGUAAUAUGUAGACUUCAAGGUGAUCAUAUCAGAUUAUCAAAGGGAACAUCUGUCAACGAAGGUAUUCUUGAAGUGUUAAUUAACAGAAAAUGGGGAGCCGUCUGUGAUAGAAACUGGGAUCAAAGUGACACAAAAGUAGCUUGUCGGUCUCUCGGAUAUUCUAGUUAUGCUAGUUUAGCACUUACUGAUCAGCCAAGAGGUUCAUCAAGACUCUUGAUUAAGGUUGAAUGUACUGGAAGAGAAGAAUCGUUAAACGAAUGUGCUUUUGGUCUGGGGAAUUGUAAUGGAACUAGUCCUUUAGUAUUGGAAUGCUCUGCUGACGUUAGACGCUUCAUUAGACUUGUCGAUGGUUCUUCGAGCAAUGAGGGGCGUGUUGAAGUAUUCAUUAAUGGGGAAUGGGGUACAGUUUGUGAUGAUAUGUGGUGGGUUACACAUGCAACCGUUGUGUGCAAAAGUCUUGGAUAUUCAGGAAAAGCUUAUUUCGGAGCUGGGACAGGACGAAUUUGGUUAGACAAUGUUAACUGUGAUGGCUCAGAGGCAUCCAUCUUUGACUGCAGACACAGAGGCUACGGAAAAGAAGAUUGUACACACUAUGAAGAUGCCGGUGUAACAUGUUCAUGA